AUGCAAGCGGAGGCUCGGCUGAGGGCAAUGCGGCCUGCGGCACUACCGGACGGAGACGCUGGUGACGGGCCUCAACCUUCAGGACGGGUGGAGCCUGUGGAUGAAGAGAGAGGGGUUUCAAUGGACGUCAAGGAACUCCUCCGGGCAGUGAUGGUUCAGAACGCCGCGCUGAAGAAAGAGUUGGGGGAGUUGAGGAAGGAGGUCAAGUCGUCAAGGGAGAAGGUGAAGGUAGAGGCCAGUGACCUUGCCCCGAAACCUCCUACAUCGACUCCACCACCCUCACCUCCGAAGGAUCCACCACCGUGUACCCCCGUGAGGGGAAGGAUGGAAGCUUCGAAUCAGGCAUGGGCCGAUGUGAAGAUCCCGGACUUUCCCGAGACCGUGGAGGGGGACACUAUGGGGAGAGGUGCCGCUCAACGAGGUUUGGGAGUACCUGACGUCCCUGGAUCUUGGGGAGCUGGAGGGUGGGGUCUACAAGGCGUACAUCCUCGAGGGCCAGAUCGGGAUGCCUCUGGGAAUGGAGAUGGAGUGAGGGAGCUGGUCAAAGGGUCACCCCUCGAACAGGCAGCCCAGACGGUGCUGAGACAGCUAGGCACCAGUUCCUCGGAGGGCCAAUGGGCUGAGGCGAUCAGGUCCGUGGAGCUGCCACCUCUUCAAGAUCUUCGGGAAGGCGACUUGGGGUCAAUCAUCUUGGGAGAUUGGAUACAACUGGUGACCCCAACCAUGAAGGACCUGAGCGCGACGAGCUGGAAAUGGUGGGAAGAGGUGUUGAACUUUGCCAUGAUGGCUUAUCGAGAGUGGCUGCAGGCGGAACCAGUUCAACGACUCUACAUCCGACCUCGGGUCCCGGUUGAAUGCUCUGGAGUGUGGAGUCGCCUCGAACAGAGGGGACAGCUGAUGCUGAUCAACGCCGUGCCUCAGAGCAUCAAGGCGGAGAUCCUGUCGAGCCGGACUACAAGCUCAGUGGAGGUGCUCUACGCCCUGUUCAGGCGCUAUCAACCAGGAGGCCUGGCAGAACGCUCAAGACUCCUUCGACAGCUGGUGGAACCGAAGACGCCACAGACGAUGAAUGAGGUGGUCGAGGCACUGAGAGGAUGGCGACGGAGUCUGAGACGGGCGCAGGAGUUGGAGAUAGCCACCCCGGACGCCACGUUGCUGUUGGGGGCAUUAGAUCGGAUGUCGGAUCUGAUUGGAAGGACAUCAAGUCAGGUUGCAUUUCGAAUGUCCUCGACGAGAGCUGCACUGGGUGUGGACGUGACCCCGAACCUGGAGACGGUUUUGAGCUUCUCAGAUAUGCUCACGGCGGAGGCAGAGUCCCUGGUGAUCAGUGAGCUGCAGCCGACGUCGGAAGUCAAGGCUUCGCCUAUUGCCACCAAGGUCAAGGCCAUGACCGCGACGGCCGAUGAGAAGGGGGAGAAAGGCAGCGGCAAGGCCAAGAGCGAGGGAAAGACUGAGGAGAAGAUCUGCCGUUUUUGGGGCUCCGAGGACGGGUGCAGGAAGGGCCAGGAGUGCCGGUUCAAGCACGACUGGAGCAACAUGGAAAAGAAGGGCAGGUGCUUUGGGUGCUCAUCGACGAAGCAUACCAAGAAGGAGUGCCCGACGGUCAAGUCGAAGGCCGACACCGAGAAGCACGUGAAGACCUUCAAGAAGGAAGGGGACAAGGGGAUUGGAACCAAAAAGAUUGAGCGGGAGAUGGAUGUGGUGGACGAGAAGAAGGUCGAGAGGCCAGCCGCCAGCUCGGGGGAGGUCCAGGCCUUGCUCACGGAAGCCACGACGCUGCUGAAGAGUUUGAGGCCGGCCACUGAGGGAAGCAAGGCCAUCAAGUCCAUCAAGCUGAGCAGUUUGGAGGUCAGAACCAAUGAUCGGGCCCUCUUAGAUGGAGGGGCGACACACUGUCUCCGGCGAGCUGAGUCCGAGGAGGAAUGGCAGCGAGCUCAGGAAGUCCGAGUUGAACUCGCGGAGGGUUCAGUGCUGCUGAGACAGAUUCCCUGGACGAAGACCCUGCUCACACAGAAUGAGGUCCAGACGAUAGUACCGCUUGGGGUGCUGAUCUCGUUGGGCUAUGAGGCAUACUGGGAGAAGGACCGGUUCACCCUCACGGACUCGAGUGGUGCGCUCCUGGACGUGGCGGUGGAGGGGAUGUGCCCGACUGUGGAUGAAGGACUGGGGCGCGAGCUCAUCAGGGAGAUCGAACGCAGCAUGGUCAGAGAGCGGGCUCGCCUAGCAGUCCUAAGUGGAGAAGAGAACCAGGGUGGUUUGGAGUGGGGAGAAGUCCAUCAUCUUCGAGAGCUUCGUGAACUAUUCCCUGAAGUUCCUCUUCGGCUACUGGUGAGGAUUUUGCCAAAGGUCGGAUGGACGGGGGAGACCCUUCCGUGGAACCGACAUGAGCGGAGGAAGGUGAGGAGAGCGCGGGAAGUUGUGGUCCAUCUCUUCAGCGGGGACACCAAGAAGUACUGGCAGAGGGAACUUGAGCAUGUGGGCAGAGCCGUCCUGUGCGUGGAUACGGUGAUCGACCCGGGAAUGAACAUCCUCAGGGACGAUGUCUUCGCCUAUCUUCUGGAGAUCGCCGAUGGUGGCACACUACGAGCACUACUGGGUGGCCCGCCUUGCAGGACAAUGAGCCGGUUGAGAUAUCGACAACCUGGACCUCCACCCCUCCGAGAAAGAGAAGGACCCGGAAGAUUUGGCUUGCCGAACCUGGACCCGGUACUGAAGCAGCAGGUGGAGGAUGACACCCUGCUGUGGUUGAGACAGGUUUAUCUUCACCACAGGGCAUCGAAGGCCGCCUCUCCAGAAAAGGUGGCCACCGCCUUGGAGCAGCCUGAUGAUCCGGAGGCCUACCUGGGGGAGUCCAAGAGGGAGAUCGGUCGAUCCGGGCACCAGACGACGGAGGAAGAGAACGGGGAGACAGACAGGCAUCCUCGCUACCCGACAUACUGGUCGUGGCCGGAGUGGCAGACAGUCAAGAAACUGUGGGACCUCUUUGAAGGCAUGGUGCAGAAGAUCAUCGAGGAGACUCCAUCCAGGAGAGGAUUGCGAGGUCCAAGUCAUGGGCAGCAUGGGCACCUGGACUGA